GUUGACGCAGCGUGAUUGGGAAAAUUGCGCAUCGUCCACUAUGUCGUCCCCUCCAACUUCCAAACGAAUCAAGACCUCUAUCCCUACCAACGCACAAUCUCAUCUUCUACCUCAACAAGUCCACCACCCUUUCCAAAGAGUGCCACCAUUCGAGGGCAUUCCUAUGCCCCCAACUCAGAUCCCCCCAGCGAAUCCGCGUAAACGCCGCUCUUCUCCUUCACAGGGCUCCACAAUAACAAUGGCAGCACCCUUGACAGCUAACCCUGGAGAUCCUGCACAUGAUCACGGAGCUGCGGCCCCUGAGACCACCCCCAGAAAGAAAGGACGAACCAAUACUCCCUGGACUGCAGAGGAGGAGCAGAGAUUGAAGACGAUGCGUGAUGCUGGCCGCAGCUGGAGUGAAAUUGCCAAGACAUUCCCUACUCGAACUGAGGGCAGUGUUAAGAAGCAUUGGUAUAAGGAUAUGCACUAUGCUGAGUUCGCAGAGGAUGAGUCCAUUGCCCUCCGGGAGGCAAUUAAGGAAUAUGAGGCGAACAAAUGGAAGGUCAUUGGACAGAAAGUGGGAAAGCCAGCCAAGGCGUGCGAGCAAUAUGCGAAAGAACAUUUUAAGGAUCUCUAGAUAUUCGACGACAUUGAUGAUGUAACGACCAGUGCACGUUUUAUGCAUCUUCCCGGGCCUGUAGUGUCCGUUCUCGUAACCCAUUUUUCCAGCACAGUUUACGAAGUCUUAGGCGAAAGGUUACCGGAGUUCGUUUUGUUUCUUCUUUUUCUUUUACGGGCUGUCUUCUUGUAUCUCUUUCUAUCUGCCGAUUGCAUUUUUUUUCCCCUGUCAUUCCUCUUCUUCGCCUUCUAUAUCUUGCAAUCAUAGGUUGCGGCUUGGGUAUAGUAAUAGGAUUAAUGACAAGACCCAUUGGUAAUAG